AUUACAUAAAACAGUUGUAGUAGUAAUUACAGUAACAGUAGAAAUGGCGCAGAAUGGCAGCAGCAGAGUUGGCGCCUGUUGUAUUUCCCUCCUCCUGAUCAUCAUGUUGUUCUGUCAAGCAGCCUUCUUUACCGAGACGGCGGCUGCAGCCACGUACACGAUCGAGUGGGCGUUCGGCGUCACCAAUUGGCCCAACGGCAAGAACUUCAAGGCUGGCGACGUUAUAGUUUUCCACUACGAGCAAGGAGAACACGAGGUGGCGGUGGUGGAUGCUAACGGGUACAAGACCUGCACCGUCCCGACGGGAGCUAAGAUCUACACCUCCGGCAACGACAGGGUCACUCUCCAGCAGGGGAACAACUACUUCAUCUGCGAUAUUCCUCAGCACUGUGAUCAAGGUGGAAUGAAGAUUGCUGUUACUGCUGCUUAAACGAUCUACUAUGCUUUCAUUUUGCAAAACCUGGCUAGAAACUAGUCAUAAGAUUUCAUUGAGGGCACUUGGAUU